GUAGAGGGUGUGCCAAGAAACAUUGAAGCCCCUGACAAAUCUCAGGAACACUACGUAGUAGGCAGAAGGUUCUCUACUACUCGUACACAGGCACAGACACAAGGUAAGCACCUCAGCCCUUUUCUCUUCAGUCCCCCACCCCAAGUCUGGGCGGCUGCAGAACUGCCCCUGGCGCCACCGGCUUCUUCCCUGUGCCCGCCAUCCGAUUACCUAGCCUGCGGCUGGCUCUCCCUUACCUCACCUUAUUUUCACACGGCUCGACCUGACUACAGGAGUACGGUGGCGGCGUGGCCUUGGUCGAUGGAGAGUGAGAGUGAGAGAGAGAGAGGACAAGGACGAGGACGAUGCGCGUGGCCGCAUGAUGGAAACACAUGUCACCCUGUCAGAACUGAGGAUGGCUCUACCAAAUACGAUUGCUCCCAGAGAGAAGGCGUUCGAGUCCUCAUGUUUCGAUCAACCAGGAGUCCAGGACAUAUGCAGCUUGAAAACGCGCUAGGGACGGCCGUUGCGUCGAAUGAACACUCCAUUUCCAGGUUUCUCCUCGGCUAA